AUGGCAGUGGGGGUUGGGACGAAUAUCUCUACAACAUCUACCGCGACGAGUGUGGUCCGCAAAGCUGCUUGGUCUUCGGAAAUGGAGGUUAAUCCUGCAAGUGAGGAAUUGGUGGCUGCGCAUACGAGUACGGUCGGAUCAUGCAUAGAUAAAGAAAUGAAAGAUGUCGCUGGCCCUUCAACCAACCGUCGAAAACGGUUACUCCUUUCCACUGAUAGCGCAUUCGUCGAUAAUGUACUCCCCUCGUUGGUGCGGAAUCCCGACAUCGAACUCCGGUUGAUCACCGACGAACCCUCGGCUCUGCUCUCGAGCGCCAGCAAAGUCCCUCAUUACAUGGAUACGGUGGACAGUCAGACAUUCGAGAAGAAAACGGGCGCUCGGAAAUGGCUGAAGGCCAAGGCGGCGGAGCUAUGCGACUGGGCGGACAUGCUCCUGGUUGCGCCUAUAGAUGCGGGCGCGCUGGGAUCCAUGCUGUCAGGCUUGACCAAUACCCUCACCUUGGCGCUGCUUCGGGGGUGGAUGUCGUCGAAACCGGUCGUGCUGAUUCCUGGCAUGACGGUGUCGGAAUGGCAUCAUCCGCUCAGCAAACGACAGCUCUGGGAAGUACGGCAAUACUGGUCGUGGAUUAAGAUCGUCACGCCCGUGCUGUGGAAGCCCGGCGAUACGGAAGAGCUUAUACAAUUACCGUGGGACGGGUUGAAGGUCCUCCACGACACAAUCGAGCAGACUCUGAUGCUAUCUUUCUCAGAAACAAAAGCUGUCCCCAGUCAACCCUCGGAUAGCUCGAGUGGACCUUCAGAUUCGAUGCAGACAGGGGACGUGCCUUCAGCACUGUCGCGACACCUGUUAUUUCGCAUGAAAAAAACCGAACAUGGACCGCGUUCACUACCUAUGGAGCUUUGGUUGAACGUCUUCGAGGAGCAGCUGCACGACUGGGAGAUUGCCAAAGCCGUGGGCAUCCCCACAAAUCUGCCCGUUCCCAAAGAAUGGCAAAAUCAUCUUCUGAAGAUGUCCACACCAGCUUCUCUGGAAUACACCAUCCUGCGGGGAUCGUUCGCAGCGAUCAAAAAGCGCAUCGACAGCCUUCCCCGCUGGAAGCCCCUCUCCGAUCUCUCUCUCCACCUGAUCUUUAAAUUCUCCCGCACCGACAUCCUUUCCUACCUGAUUGAAAAACAACACGACCUCCUCUGGACAACUUCCCUCCUCAACGUCCUUCCCUACCGCGCCUCCGCGAUCUACGGCAACCCCAACCUUCUGACUUGGUGGCGCGACGCCCCCGACCUCCCGAACAAAGACUAUACUACAGACGCAAUGGAUGGCGCCUCACGGGCCGGCUUCGUCAACGUGCUAGAGUGGUGGCGCACCUCCGGUCUGGAACUGCGGUACACCGAGCGCGCCCUUGAGGCCGCCAGCGCCGAGGGCCAAGUCGCCGUCCUAGACUGGUGGAAGCGCGCCUCUACCACCUCCACCACUUCCACGCCGGCCUCAGCAACCCGCCGUCGCAUUCCGUUGAAAGUCGGCAAGUCCGUCCUCCUGGCUGCUCAAUCGGGCCGCACCGCCUCCCUGGCCUGGUGGGACGCCUCAGGCAUCCCCUACACGCACGGCGAGUCCGUCGCACGCAUCGCCAGCACCCACGGCCACGUGCAUGUCCUGGAAUUUUGGCAUAGGCUCAAGGGCGCCAAGAUGAUCUUCGACAGCCAGGUCCUGGUCGGUCCCACCAAGAACGGCCACGACAACGUGCUGGAAUGGUGGCGCCGCAGCGGUCUGCGCGUUGAGUUCAAGACCUGCGAUAUCGAGGAGGCGCUCGAGGACGCGGACCCCGUUUCCGGCGCCGAGCAGCGCGUGCGCACCUGGUGGGCGCGCAACGGGUUGAACUUAGGAGUGGGUACGAGUGAGUGGAUGAAGACGAAGGUGCUGUAA